GAAUGGCUGACUUAAGUAACUUCGACUGAGUUACAACUCACACAUUUGGCAAAAUGGGGUGCAGUUUUGUCCUGGUGUGGCUUUUCGUUGUGCUUUGUGGCUGUCAGGGGAAUUUUGUUAGCUCCACAGUCACUCCUGACACCGAACACGAAAAAGUGGACCUAGAAUUCACAAUCAGAGAAAUCUAUCGUCGUUUAGAAAAUCUAGAUAGGCAUUAUGCGGAAAACAACAGAAAAACAGACACUAUACCAGAAAAUUGUCUAGAAGUAAAAAAGCGAGGAAAUAAUGUGACUGGUAUCUUUCUCAUUAAACCCGAGUACGCAUCUGCCCCUUUUCUGGCGCUUUGUGAUAUGAUUACGAGGGGCGGUGGAUGGACAGUCAUUCUGAACAGAUUCGAUGGCUGUUUGGAUUUUUAUUUAGGCUGGCAAAACUACAAAAACGGUUUUGGAAAUCUAGCUGGAGAAUUCUGGUUGGGUUUGGAGAAGAUUCAUCAAUUGUCUGGUUUUCAAGUCAACGAGCUACUCGUGGAAUUAGUCGACUCUGGCAAAACAGAAGUUUAUGCUGGAUACAAGCAUUUUAGUGUUUCUAAUGAAGUGGAAGGUUACAAUUUGCAAAGUCUAGCAGGGUUUAGUGGAACUGCGGGAGAUUUUCUUAGCCAUCAAGCUGGUAUGAAAUUUACCACCAAAGACAAAGACAACGAUAUUGCUCCAAAAGGCAACUGUGCAAUUACUUACACUGGAGCUUGGUGGUAUAAUAAAUGCCACCAGAGUCAACUCACUGGUGUUUACACAGAAAAAAAAAACAAAUACAAAGGGCUUCGCUGGGGGGAGAGGUUUUUUUUGAAAAAGGCCAGAAUGCUGAUUAGGCCACAGAUGGAUUCCGAUUUGGUUUUAUGAACAUCUCAAUUGCAUUAUUUUGUUAAAAAUGCGUUGUAAAUAAAUUCUACUCAAAACCCA